AUGGGCGGGCUGGUUUCCGCGGGCGCCCGCGCGCGCGCGCAAUGCCGGAACGGCGCGGCGGCAGGCCGCCAGGAGAACGAGUCGUGGGUGCCUCAGGAGACCAAGCUGAAGAUCGUCGCCAAGCUGGACAACAUUACGAUAAAGCUCUGGCCAAGCAGCUUGGUUAGCGAAGCGCGGUUAACGCAACUGUACUCUGCUUUCCCCGACCGUGCGCCGUCGUACGUCCACUUCUGGCUGGCCGCAGGCAAAGCGCAGCGCGUGCUGCAGCUGGGGCCAGCGCGGAACGCCACACCAGCGACCAUCGCCAUCAAUGCUGAAAGAUUUGACCGAGGCGCCGAGGACUUACGCUUUUCAAACGCUGCACGCGACCCGCCCUUCGAGUACGACUACUGGGCCAACCACGUGCUGCUCAGCCCGGCGGCGCUGUCUGCGCCUCUGUUCUACGCCCAAGGCACCAAUGCCAUGGUGUACGCGGGCCUUGGUGCCAUGCUGGCACGGCUCGCGGCCAUGGCGUUCGACGAGCGGGGCAUCGACGUAAGCGCCGGCGAGAACCAGAGUGCCUGGCUGUCGGACUCGGCGCGCCAGCAGUUCGUCCAUCGCGCCAGGUGUUGGCAGCCUGCUUUGAAGGCCGCCAUGAUGGGCUACGAAGACACGAAGCUGCGAUCGCGCGGAAACGUCGGACUGCACGUUGACAUUGACUAUUCGCCGUGGCAGGUGUUCUUCAUGAGCAUCUGCCAGCCUCUGUGCGGCCUGCACGCGGAUGCGGAUGGACCCCGGGCUCCUCGCGGACGACUCUGCAACCAGGUCCUGAUGAGCACACGCCGCUUCUCGUCCGCUUUCAAAUGUCGCAUUGGAGAGCAGCCAAUGGUGCCUGCGUCCAUCUGCAAUGACUGACGCUCCUUCAAGGCUGCUCAAGUCAUCUAUGGUUUUCUAGAGUGUAGCGAAGGCUGGCCACUGUCCAUGUUCUCUGUGAUGUA